CUAUAUCCAGCACGGCCUAGCUUGGAAUCUGAGCGAGCUGGUGACUUGUAUCGUCGUUACAGGCAUAUGGCUGACCUUCCACCUAUUGACUUUAGCUUUCAAUCUCCCUGUCACUGUGUACGUGGUGGCGUAUCCGUAGCUCCCCAACUAUCUAUAUCUCGCGCGACUGGUUCUGACACCUGAUCCGACAUCCUCGCAAGACCGGCCUUAACGAAAGUCUACGCUCUGAACCACUAUGUCCUACUGCACCCGCAGCACAUCGGCUCCGUUGAAUGCCUCAGACAUGCCUCGUGCCUGUGUUCCCAGCUUAGAUUCCUAUCCCUCCGUGCUUGCCUAUAAUUGCUCGACAUCGUAGAUCACACGCCUUGUCACUCGCAUGUCUUGGCGAGCGAAUGUCGGUGACAUAUAUACGGGAUGGUUGGGGUCUCUGGGUAUCAGACGCACCACCAUGGUCGCUCAGACUCUCGCCGGGUCACUGGUAUUGCUAGAGUACCUCGCUCUAUGCUUUGCCGCUCCCGUAGUACAAUUAGGGUCGAGUUCGGUCAUUGGGCGAGAUAACUUCGUCGAAGGGCAACCAGUGCAGGAAUUUUUCGGAGGUAUACAUUAUGCCGCGCCGCCGUCCGGACUCCGUCGUUUCGCACCACCUGUGUUCAAACCCACCUUGGACGUCGAUAGCUUCGACGCUAGCAAUUACGGGAUUCCAUGUCCCCAGAUCGGGCUCCCACUCAACGCAAGUGAGGACUGUCUCACCGUCAAUAUCCUGAGGCCCGCCGGCACUCAUGCACUCAGCGGACUGCCCGUAUACGCGUGGAUAUUUGGAGGAGGAUUCAUCAACGGAGACCCGUCUCUCUACAACGCAAGCGCAAUCGUUCUUCGGAGUGUCCAGAGAGGAACCCCAAUCGUUUAUGUCAGCAUCAACUAUCGUCUCGGCCCGUUUGGAUUCCCGCAAGGUGUGGAAGCCACAGCACGAGGCGCGCUCAACCUCGGACUCAAGGACCAACUCACCGCGCUAGAAUGGAUCCAUCGUAACAUUCAAGCCUUCGGCGGAGAUCCUUCCAAGAUCACAGUAGCUGGAGGUAGUGCAGGAGCAAUCUCGAUUUCUAACCUGUUCUGGAACUCCGAGCUCUCGCGAUACGUCCGUGGUGCGAUACUUCAAUCUGGACCUCCAAACCUACUACCACUUGUUCCUAGUACACGCCGCGAUAAGGACUGGCAGACGUUCGUUAGCGCCACACCCGAAUGCGCGACCGCAAAGCCAAAUCAGACGUUCGACUGUCUUCGAGAGGCGAGCGCGGACACGCUCAUCCAGGCCCUCGCCACGUUUUCAGCAGGGAAUGCCGAACUGUUCCCAUUCUCACCCGUGUUGGACGGCAACGAUGGCCUCAUACCAGAUCUGCCUUCGCGGCUCCUCGCAGCAGGGAAGUUCACUCGUCUCCCAUUGAUUGCUGGAACCAACCUCGACGAUGCCACGAUCUUUGUGCCCGCCGCCGCAAGUACCGAUCAAGAUGCAAUCAACUUCUUCAUCAGCUACGCCGACCCGUCGGAUGCGGGACCACCGCCUCCUGCUUUGACUAGUGCGAUCGAUACACUCCUUGAGCUGUACCCCAACGACCCGGCCCUCGGGUCUCCAUUUGGGACCGGUAACGAGACGUUCGGACUGGGCAGCGAGUACAAGCGCGUCGCGGCGAUUGCGGACGACGUUGCGUUUACGUCGACUCGACGUGCGCUAGCGCAGAACGCCAGUGAUCACAGGAGUAGGGUCUUCGCGUAUCUCUUCAGCGACCCGCAGGCGGUCACGAACCCGAGUCAAGGAGUCGCGCAUGGUAACGAGAUCGACUACACCUAUGGGGUGCCGUUCCUCGCUGGGGAGCCUCAGCCUGCUGCGGCCCUCAGCGAGGCCAUGCUCGACUAUUGGAUUUCGUUCGUCGUGACUGGAGACCCGAACGAUGGGAAAGGGACUGCACGUCCCAGAUGGGGUCAGUACGCUUCAUCGAGGCCUGCCGUGCUACAGCUCCAGGGAGACAACGUGACCAUGAUCUCGGACACGUACCGCGAGACGCAGAUCGCCUUCAUCAACUCGGCCCCUACCACUUUCAACCAUUGAGCAUCUCUGCAAGGCUCCCAAUGGAUGGCAUCUCUGUGAUAUUGACUAGAUUGUGUCGCGGUCUUCCGUAUCACAAACUUGUAUUGU